GGACAUCGUCAAACCUCUUACUACCUGAACCGGUGGCCCCUUUGCGAAUGAUCCUUCAUUCAAGCGGCAAGACCAUAACCUCGACGCUCUUUCGACUAAUUCUUGCGGAUAUAUGACAACAAACCCUUCACUCUUCCCAUCACAAGAACGCAACUUCGGCCUCAAACCUCAUCGGUGUUCGAUCUGAGCGGCCGGUCACCUCGUUACCGAUGUCAAAACUAGCCACCACCCACCUUGGAACAUCCUUCGAGACCCACUGUUCUCACCUCCUCCGCCAGUCAUUGGGGAUGUCGUUAUCGAGGAUCGGAGGGAAGGGGGAUGGAGGUGUGGAUCUCAGGGGGUGGUGGUAUCUCCCCCGAAGCCAGUCCGACCGCAAGGACGAGGCCGACUUGGACGUGCGAAAGUAUCGAGGCCGGGUCAGUCUGCUUGAAGACUCAACAACAAUAGGUUCAUCUAUAUCGACCUCGUCCUCGGCGUCAUUAAGAUCUGGAUCGGUAUCGCCAAGAACAACCCCCCUCGAACUGCCAGCCAGAAGGCUCCGAGUUCUCGUCCAAUGUAAAGCCGAAAAGCUCAAAGCCGGACCUCGUCUGAUCAGGGAGAUGGAAGGAGUCGCUCGGAGGGGGUUUGAUCUGCUUCAAAAUCGAAGGCGGGAUGGGGUUCCUACAUCAACUUUGACGUCAACCUACGCAUCUACGGACGAGGAAUUAGAUAUCGAUCAAGAUAGUCCGUAUUCGAUACCGGAAGAAGCAUGGCCCGGCUCUAUCAGCAGUAGCGAUCUCCUAUCAAAUCGCAACGCCAAUCCAGAAGGUCUGUUUUCGAACUUGACUUCAAACGCCAUUCAAACGCUGGAUACGAUCACAACGAUAAUAUGCACCCGGACCGGGUUCUCAUCGUCGGCUACCGUCGAAGCAGUCCGGAGCCGGGUGCCGAUGUUAUUGCUACACGUCCCUUUCGAGGUCGAGGAUGCGGUCAGAUUGAGGGAAUGGCAGGCCCUCCGAUCAGGGUCGGAGGUGGGGUCGACAAGGCUGGGUUCAGGGAAUGAAGAGGGGUCGCCAGCUGGAUCAGAAGACGCAUCGGCAGUCGACCAAGAAGAAGGAUAUCCGAUCCCUCUGAUCUUGCGGGCGGCCUUUUCCAACCCGGCGUUGACGGGUACGAGCGGGGUUUUGGGGGAAGAGUUGGAGUUGAGGAAAGAAUACAUCUCUUCCGGCGAAGAUGCUAGGGGGGAAGGAUCGUUCGGGAUGGGUCUUUGGUGGAGAUGAGAUGAGCCGAAACGAGACGAGCCGAGAUCAGAGGAUACGCUGGCGAUUCAGCAAAAAGAAGGGAGAGCUGGAUGGGAUCGCUCAUGGGAUCGGGCCGUGAUCGGUCGGGAAGAUGGGAAGUCAAGAUACAAGCCAAAGGAGUCUGCUAUGGUUUGCACCAUCUCGGAAGUUGUAUCGUGAGUUGUAUCUAUAGAGUAUGUGUAUAGGUUAUGGGGCAGACCUCGGACGUCGCCGCAUACAUUGUGGC